AUGGUGAGUGCCCAGGAGGGCGGGGCCAGCAGGGUGGAAGCUCUGCCUCCUCAGCUAUCCUCUUACAUUCAUCGCUGUGGUGACGGUGGGGUCGGGAGGGAUGCUCCCAACUCCGACCUCCUCCUCAUCGAAGGCCAGGCGGAUGGAGGCGGCCAGGGAGCGCCUGAAGACCUGGCGGAAGUCGCGGCCGACGAAGGCGUAGAGAAGGGGGUUGAGGGCGCUGUUGAACGAGGCCAAGCCGAAGCUGAAGAACAUCCAGUCCCAGGGAACGGGCUGGGCGAAGGCCUGGAGAAGGCUGCAGAUAUUGUUGGGGAGCCAGCAGACGAUAAAGGCCGCCACCACGGUCACGAUGAGGCGGACGGGCUUCCUGGACUUGGCGAAGCGGUCCCUCCGCAGCUCCCGGCAAACCAGGAGGUAGCAGGCGACCAUGAUCGCCACGGGGAGGCCGAAGCCCCACGGAGGGAUGGUUCCCUCCACCCCUCCUGCGGGAUUGGACCCAGGUAUCCGAUGAUGGGACUGUGUGGAGACGCCCUCAGGUUAAAGAGCUUCAAGUUCCCAGGAGUGAACAUCACCAACAGCCUGUCCUGGUCAAAUCACGUUGAUGCCACGGUCAAGAAAGCUCACCAGCGCCUCUACUUCCUCAGGAGGCUGAAGAAAUUUGGUUUGUCCCCUUUGACUCUCACCAACUUUUACCAAUGCACCAUAGAAAGCAUCCUAUCUGGAUGCAUCACAGCUUGGUACGGCAACUGCUCUGCCCAGGACCUCAAGAAACUGCAGAGAGUUGUGGACACAGCCCAGCGCAUCACGGACACCAGCCUCCCCUCUUUGGACUCUGUCUUUACCUCUCGCUGCCUUGGUGAAGCAGCCAGCAUAAUCAAAGACCCCACCCACCCGGGUCAUCCUCUCUUCUCUCCUCUCCCAUCGGGUAGAAGAUACAGGAUCCUGAGGACACGUACCACCAGGCUCAAGGACAGCUUCUACCCCACCGUGAUAAGAUUAUUGAACGGUUCCCUUAUACGAUGAGAUGGACUCUGACCUCACGAUCUACCUUGUUGUGACCUUGCACCUUAUUGCACUGCACUUUCUCUGUAGCUGUGACACUUUACUCUGUACUGUUAUUGUUUUUACCUGUACUACAUCAAUGGACUCUGUACUAACUCAAUGUAAGUGCACUGUGUAAUGAAUUGACCUGUACGACCGGUUUGCAAGACAAGUUUUUCACUGGACCUCGGUACAAGCGACAAUAAUAAACCAAU